AUGAUUAUGAAACCAAAGGGCAGGGAGGGCGGUCGUGGUCGAGAAGAGGGCGGCCGUGCUGAAGGGGGUCGUCGAACUGGAGGCGGAUUUGGUGGAACCGGUCGUAAGCGAGAAUUACGACGUUUGAGUGACGCUCUGGGUGAUCUUGGUGCAGCUGAAGCGUUAUCGAACGAGGAUAUAUCGUUAAUUUGGUUUGAUGCUGAUAUGGUUGAGGGAAACGAAGAGAAGGCUAAGUUAAAAGAAACGGUUCAAGAUGAAGUAUCCAAUGCUGUGUUUUUUUACACAAAUAAAACAGCAUGUAUGGCUUAUAUCGAAUCACAAACAAAAGCAAAAAUAUUUUUUAUUCUCUCAUCCGAUUCGUAUGAGGUGGAUGAGUUUCCAGCAAUACACGCUAUUGUUCAAAUCGAUUGCAUUCUCAUUUUGAGUACAAACACCGAAAAAUAUGAAACAUUGUUGAAUAAUACAACAUUUCCAAAAAUUGUUGAUAUUUUCGCCGAGUUAACUCCAUUAUUAGAAAGCAUUAAAAAACAAGUAUCACUUUUAGCCAAACAAUCGGCUGCCUUCAGUUUAUACGAUCAAAAUCAAAAAGCUACGCGUAACUUAAGUCAAGAAACUGGUUCAUUUUUAUAUCUUCAAUUAUUCAAAGACGUUCUGAUGAAAAUGCCACAUACCGAAGAGUCAAAAUUGGAAAUGUUGGAUAAAUGCCGGGGCUAUUGUCGCGGAAACAAGAAAGAAAUGGGAAAUAUUAAUGAUUUUUAUUUGACCUAUAAAUCGAAUGAAGAUUCAUUAACGAUCGUACAUAAAGUAUUAAAAAUAAAACAUAAAGCCAAUGAUAGCAUACCGUGGUACACCAAAGAAACAUUUUUAUAUCGUCUAGUCAAUAAAGCUAUGCGAACAGAAGAUAUUGAAGCUCUUUAUACAUUUCGUUUCUUUAUUGUUGAUCUAAGCAAUAUGUUACAACGACGCUAUCGGCUUUUUAAACGAAAGUUAGGCAAGAAAGAAGCAGCAAAGCAUACCGUAUAUCUUUAUCGUGGUUUUCAACAGUCACCGGAAGAAAUACAAAAAUUACGAGAAAAUGUUGGAAAUUUGAUAUCUACAAAUGGUUUUCUAUCUACCAGUCGUGCUCGUUCAGUUGCACUAGGUUUCGCUCGUAAUAUCAAUCGUCCCAACGUGGAGCCUGUUUUAUUUGAAAUUAAAACUUGUACUGCGCUAAGAACGGCUGUAUUCACAGACAUAAAGGAAUUUAGCGCAUUUCCUGAGGAAGAGGAAGUAUUGUUUGAUUUGGGUGCUUGUUUUAGCAUCGAUAGUUUCGAAUAUGAUGAAGAGGAAAAGUUAUGGACACAAAAAAUGUCGGCCACAGAUCGUGGUUUAGAAAUUGUCGAAGAAUACAUGGAAUUUCGUCGUAAAGAAAUGGCUGAGUUUGAUGUAGUAAUCAUGUUUGGUAAUCUGCUAUUAGACAUGGGUGAAUAUCUGAAGGCACAAAAGUACUUUGAAAAUUUAAUCCGUGUUAGACCCGAUCAUGAACACGCACCAAGUAUCUAUGGAAACAUAGCCAUUGCACAUUAUUAUAAAGGUGAAUAUGAUGAUGCAAUGACGAAUUAUAAAAAAGCCUAUGACAUAUUCAUAAAUACAAAACCCAUUCGUUAUCCAGAUGCCGCUCGUGCACUGAAUGGUAUUGGCAUUAUUAAUCGUUUGAAACAAAACUACGAUGCAGCACUUGAGUCGUAUGAACAAGCGCUACUCUUAUAUCAGAAGAAAUAUAAACCUGUACAUAUCGAAGUAGCCAACACUUUAAACAGCAUCGGAAUUAUUCAUAACAAAAAAAAUGAGUUUGAUCAAGCUAUUGACUUUUAUAAUAGAGCAUACGAAAUGUAUAAACUUACAUUGCCUGCUGAUCAUCCAGAUACAUCAUCGUGUUUAAAUAACAUUGGUGUUGCUUAUCGACAACUAAAUGAUUAUGAACAGGCAAUGGACUUUGCAACGCAAUCUCUUCGUAUGAGAGAAAAGACAUUGCCUAGUGGCCAUCCGGACAUCGGUCGGUCUUGUGAAAAUAUUGGUCUCGUCCAUUGUAUGCGUCAUGAAUAUGUAGAAGGCCUCGAAAACUGCAUGAAAGCAGCAGACAUAUUUGAAAAGAAGUUUGGCCCAGAUAGUAUCGAUGUUCUUCGUAUUAAACACAACAUUAACAAAAUAAAAGAAUUAAUGGGUGAUGUUACAGAAGAUACAACACUUAUGGCCGGUGAUAAUUUACUGUCGGAGAAAAAACUGGCUCUCUUUAAUGGUGAAGAAUCAACAAAAACAGCACUAGAGUUGAAUAAUAAAGAAAAUGAUGCGAAAAAAUUAGAUAUGGUAUUUGAGGAAGAUGAAUUAUUUGGUGAUAAUAAGUCGGUUAUCAAUAUGAGAUUUUAG